AUGGUCAAAAUAGCAAUAGAAGGUUGUUGUCAUGGCUCAUUAAAUCAAAUUUAUUCUCAUUUAAAUUCAAAAAAAAUAGAUUUAUUAUUAAUAUGUGGAGAUUUUCAAGCCAUUAGAAAUAAAUCAGAUUUUAAAUCAUUAAAUGUUCCUUUAAAAUAUCAACAAAUGGGGGAUUUUCAUGAAUAUUAUUCAGGUUUAAAAACCGCUCCAAUAACGACUAUCUUCAUUGGUGGAAAUCAUGAAUGUUCAACAUAUUUAAAAGAACUUAAGUAUGGAGGUUGGGUAGCUCAAAACAUCUAUUAUCUUGGCUCAUUUGGUUCUUUAUAUUAUAAAGGAUUACAAAUUUGUGGAUAUAGUGGUAUUUUUAAUUAUGGGAAUUUUAUUAAAUCAGAUUUAAAUUUAAAUUAUGAUGAAGUUUUCAAAUUACCAUUAAAUCAAGAUUCAAUAAGAAGUAUUUAUCACGUUAAUUUGAAAAACUUUAUUAAAAUGUGUUUAAUUAAUGAUAAAGUCGACAUUAUAUUAUCUCAUGAUUGGCCAGUCGGAAUCGAAAAAUUUGGAAAUAAAGUUGAAUUAUUAAAACGGAAACCAUUUUUUAAAAAAGAUAUUGAGUUGGGUAGAUUGGGAUCUCCAUUAAAUAAGUUUCUCAUACAUUAUCUAAAACCAAAAUUUUGGUUUAGCGGUCAUUUACACGUUAAAUUUGAAGCAACAAUCAAAAAUCAAAAUAAUAAUAAUAAUAAUAAUAAAGAAGAAAUAAGUUUAGAUAUGGAUUCUGACGAUGACCAAGAGAUUGAAUUUGAAUCUAUUAAUUAUGAAAAUGGGAAUAAGAGAGUUAAAUUAUCUGAAGAAUUAAUAAUGAAGAGAAAAAAGCCUAAUUCUAAUACUCAUUUUCUUGCAUUGGAUAAAGUAGGUAACAAUCGACAAUUUAUAAAUAUAAAAGAAAUACAACUGAGUAAAUUGAAUCAUCCAUCAAUGAAUGAUAGCGACUUAUACUAUUCAAAAAGGGCAAUAAUUAUAAAUAAAGUAGUCGAAUCAUAUUUUAAUGAACAUAAAGAUAGAAUAAAACAACUAGAUUUACGUGAAAUUAUAAAGAAUCCAUAUAAAUUAACUUUAGUUAGUGAAUUACAGGUCAAGGUUGAAGAAGAAAUCAAGAGUUUGGAACUAAAAGAUGAUGAUUUAAAGAUACUUGAUAAUUUUAAAGUUGUCGCACCACCUACUUCCGACAAUGAUAUUAGUGAUCUAAAAUAUUAUAAGAAUAAUCAAACUGACGAAUAUUGUGACAAGUUUAACAUUCCAAAUAUAGAUAUAGAUAAAUUGAAUGAAAAUGUACGAAAUUAA